UGACAGAAUGUUCGUGAGUUUACUGCAUGGGUCUGGACCUGCAUCCAUCCGGAACGACCUCGGUGCACCGAUAUUAAUUUAAGUAAUGUGAUUUUUCCCUUUUCAUCCCAAGACGUGGCUUUUCCGUGUUUUUUAAGUGAAAAGUCGUCCAAGUGAACGAGAGGGUACACAUAGUCAAACAAUUGAGUAAUAUUUAUGUCCUCGGAUAAACAUUGAAGCUGUAAUCAGUUCACAGAGGGAAGUAAAGUUUUAUUUAGGAAGCAAGUCCUAUGGCUACCGAAACGCCAACAUUGCCUGCGACAAGCGGAAGAGCAGCUGAGAAUUGUAUUGAAAUUAGAAACUUCAACAGCCAAAGGACCUCCGUGGUGACAGAACUGCAGAUUUCAGACGUAAGUGAUGACGUAGGUACUUGCUGGCGUGAGCUGGGACCAAAGCUUGAUAUCCCUGCAGCAAAGAUCCAAAACCUGGAUAACGAUUACUGCUGUAGUCGCGACAAAGCAAACGCCUUACUCCUCAUGUGGCAACAGAAAGAAGGGAGCAGUGCAGUGGCAGGGCGUUUAGCGGAUGCUUUAGAAAGCAUUGGGAAAAAAUGCAUAGCAGAAAAGCUUCUUGGAGUGGAUUAUGCGAAAGUGAUGAGGUGUGGAAACAUUCCUAAGGGUCACGUCAUUAGUUUAACAGUUAUUCAUGACCUGGGUGAAGGGCUUAAUAAGCUUAUGGUGUGCGAAGAUGCACAGGGAAAUAAAUUCAUGGUUAAAGAAUUCAACAGCAGUGACAAUUUUUUGAAAUUGGAAGAGACGCUUGUAAGCAAGGGAUUUUUAGAAACUGUUUUUUUAGCCAGACAGGAAAGUCUAAAGCGCUAUAUUUCAUCGGAGCUUCAGGACCUGAGACUCCAAAUGAAUAAAGGGCAACUGGCUUGUGGAAAUGUUGAUAAAACAGAUGGGAUUCAAGAUGCCUCUAAAGACAAAACAGAGCCCACAAGCAGCUUAUUGAAUGAGGAAGCGGAUCCGUCAAACGAUGAAAGCGUGGGAAAAUUGCUAGAGUCAUGUGAAGAACAUCGCAACUAUUUUCAGAAUAUGUUUGAAGCUCUUAUCAAGCUGACUGCUCAGGUUGGGCAACAAAGUGAAGAUAAUGUUAAUUGUAUUAAAAAACUUUUAGACUUUACUACGGAACUCCAGCAAGAAGAAACAGCACUUUUCUCCAAAAUAGAAUCAGUAGGUACUCAGAGCCAACUCAAGGACGAGCAGCACACAAAUCGUUUUGAGGAAUUACACAAAUGGAAAACGCAUCAUGAGUUGCAAUUGAAGGAAGUUGAAAAACUGCUGUUAGGACUGCUUCAUCAAAUGACAACUGAGAGAAAGACGAAUUAUAAAAGGAGGCUGCCCUCUCACCAGAAAACUGAACUAGAAGGCCGAUCAAAACCUCUGCCAGGAUACGGAAGGAAGAGUCCCAGACAUUAUUCAGAAGGCGACCUAUCAAAAGAGACUAAAACGAAGAAUCCCUUGUCUUGGCUGAGAUCGGGAGACAAAGAAGCUUGCGUCCUCCUGUCAAUCUCAAAACCAUCCAACGAUGAAGAACAUCAAACAAUAGAUUCGGGAGCAAGAGAUAACACAAAUAAAUUAAUGGCCUGACAUUGUUUACGAUGAAAAAGUUGUUUAGAAUAACCUCGUUUAAGGAAGCCCUUUUCGAUAUUGAAAGGAGCGCACGAACAUCUUUCAUUUUGUUGAUCACGCAUUUCAUUGUGACUCGAUUGUGCGAAAAUAUUUAAUAAAAAAUAUUUUUAUUUCAAACUGAUACAAUUUAAGAAAAUAAGAAUCUAAAGUAACUGACUGUAGAAAGUCCUUGUUCGCCUUGUUAUAAAGGUGAAUUAGCUUUUUUGCCAAAAUUAUAGUUGCCAAGUUGAAUAUGAAAAAAAAUUCGUUAGCACUCUUUUGUUGAUCAGCUUCCAGUAUUUCCUUUAAAUUAUGGGAGUGUUUGAGGAUUCACGAUACAUGAAGAUAGAACUCUUGUAUAGAUGGUGAUUUUUAUUUCUUAUCUUUCUUGGUUAUCAAUUACAUUUUGAUUCCAUUA